UUAUGAUUGGUUAAUUCGCAUAUAUAUGUUGGUUCUCAAAUCGCGAAAAGAUAUACAUAAUUAUUAAAAAUUUAUGAAUGAAAAAAAGAUUGCUAAUGUUGGUAAAAAUUAGCAUUCUCACAUUAUAAGUUGUUUACGUUAAUUCUGUAUUGAAUUAUCACUAAAGAGAGCAAUAAGAAUAAAUAUUAAUACCAACAAAAGCUAAAGUGACGUGAAGAAACGUGAAGGGAGUAAGAAUUUAAGUUAGGGAACCCCUACGGUUUAGUGCGUCACAUAUGACAAUAAGGACGAUGAGGUGUAAGUGGAAACGGCAAUUUCUAGGAUUCUUCGCAGCAGACCUAUAUAUUUUUGUACGUAUAAAAACCUUUAUGUGUGCAUAUGGUUAUUUGAAUCCGAUUGAAAAUGUAUAUAUUAUAGCGCAUUGAAAUGCGAGUCAUCCGAUCAUAUGUUUAGAAAAAGGGACGUAUUCUGAAGUAAACAGUGUUUAUAGUUUGCCGGCAUUCGUAGGACGUCAUUUUUUCUAAGAGCGUUAUCGCUCACUCAAGGACUUCUCAAGUUUCUUUUUCUGUUUAGUGACCAAGAAGACGCACACUUUUACGUAUCGUAUAUCGCUUGCCUUAGUUUAGUCCUCAGUCUUGCACGAGCAAGCGACGAGUUUCAUUGUGACGAAAACCUGCAUUGUGAUAAUUAUAUAUUGAUCUUGAAAAUUGGUGAACUUUUGAAACAAUAGGGUGUGAAGAGUAAUUCCUUUGUUGUUGAUAGAACGUGUAAAUUACAUUUGGUUAAAUGGAAAAGUGAAAAGGUUUAUGCGUAUCAAAACAGAGUAUGCAGACACACAAUUGCAAUAUUGAAAGAAAUAUGAAGGAUACUGAAAUAUCUGUGCUUUCUGUGGAAUCUUCUAAACCUAUUUUUAUUGAGGAUCUGAAUAUACUUAAAGAAGACACUACUACAAAUCAAACAUUGGACAGUACACAACCUAUACGGAAUUUGCCUAAUAUUUUAAGAAAUAAUAGCACAAGAAUAUUAAAAAAUUAUAAAGCACUUACAUUGGAUAAGAUUGAUACUUGCUUUGUAUCAAAAGAUAUAAAUACUAGUUUUGAACUAAAUACAAUAUUAUCUGGCAUUGGUUUGGAGAUGGAAGCCAAUUAUAAUAGAAUUGCAUCAUCAAAAUCACAUCAUCAAAGAAAACAAGUACACAAUCCAUUGGAUCUAUCCUGUGAUAUACCUGAUUGGAAUAAUAAUAAAGAUAAAAAUACGUUACAAAAAGUUAAUCAAUUAAAUACAUUACAUGUUCCACUAAGUUAUAAGAAGACUGCACCAUUGAAGAGAUUAAAAUGUGAUAAGCAGAAAGGAAAUUUGUGUAACAAGAAAUCAAGAAAAUUAGCAGAUGGCAAAUCUAGUUGCAAAACGAAAAAAAUGUCUCAUAAAAAGUCUUAUAAAGAGUUUUAUAAAAAAUCAAACUUUGAUACUGAAUUAACCACUAUUUCACACAUAAAUAUGAAAGAAAACAUUGCAGUACAAGAUGUUAAUAAUUUUGCCAAUAACAUUAUACUUACUCAAUCUAUCUGUGAACCUGACACUUCAAACUAUGUAAACAAUUUAAAUGAUAUUGAAACAAAAUCAGUGGAAUCGUCUAACAUUUUCUACUGUAACAAUGAGAUUUACAAUCUUGAGAAAAACCAUGGCAAAAAUUAUAAUCCUGUUAUUUCUGGCAUUUCAACAGAAGUUAAUAUGAUGAAAAAUAAAAAUAUUUUUCAAGAAAACUUUUCAAAUUAUGAGUUUCCAAUAAUGGAAACUGACUUGAAAAAAGAAUUGAUAAAUAGAGAUACUGCUUCAAAUUUUUUAGUGAAACCUGAGGUGUUGUAUACUUGUACUUGCAUAAAUUGUAUGUCACAUGACACAGAUAUUAUAUUUUAUGAAGAACCAGUUUCAACCUCUAUAAAUAGCGACAUGGAAACAGAAUUUCUUACAUAUGAUUUUUAUACUAAUAUAAAUAAUUUUUGUAUUAGUGAUUAUUAUGAUGAUAUACUUGGUGACAAUUGGUUGGAAGAAUUAGAUAAGCUUGAAGAGACGCAUAUUAUAAAGAAAAAUGUAUGUACUGGCAGCAAUAGUACAACAGAACCAAUUGAAAGUAAUGCAGAUGUGUUGAUGGAACAAAAUAAAUCACCAAAUUUACAAUCUUGCCAUAUCGAUGAAGUGCAAGAUAUUUGUGUAGAAUCAUAUUCUACAGGAUUUGUUAAGCAACCUAAUGGAUCAAUAAAUUUUUUUGAAUCUCCAGAAAAAAUAAACAUUUUUGAUGAAAUAGAUUAUCUGAAUUUAGAAAACAAUUUAAUAAAAGAAAGUAAAAUGAUUUCUCAAGAUGAAUCACUCAUUGAAACUGCAAUCUCAGCUGAUGUACCUGUUUCCAACUCUAAAAAAACGUUACAAAAAAACAAGGAAGAUUUAUAUGUUAUUCAAUGUACUCAAUGUGGAAGGAUAUUUAAUAAAAAGCAUCAGUUUAAAAAACAUUUUACUCGCUGUAACUUUUACAAAGAGGAUUAUAAGUGUCAGGUCUGCAAUAAAUUAUAUAGACAUAGAUCGUCAUUAGCUCAGCAUCUGAAGAUUGUGCAUAAUGUAUCAGAUGGUCCUUAUGAGAAGUACUAUACUUGUAACAAGUGUUCGAAAUCAUAUGUUAGAUUUCGUGCUUUUCAAAGACACAUACUUGUUUGUGACGAUUAAUAAGUGUGAAAAAAUCAAUGAUAAUUGGUUUCUAAUAACAUCUGUAAAACUGAUACAAUUUACACAAGUUACGAAAAUUAUUUUGAACAUCACAAAAACACAGAUGUACAACGAGAUUUUAUUAAUAAUUUUACAUUUUGAUAAGUUA